GCGUUAGACGAAUGCAGUGCCGCGAGAUCUAUUCAGCUGAGCUAUGCAUCAGCAGAUAGACAUGCAGUUGACUUUUCAUUAUUUAGAAUAGAGCUCCCACUGGAAUUAUAGUUUCUAUACCAGAUAAAUAUGCUAAAGAAACGCCCAUGCAAGCGUAUAUAACCUUAAUACAGUCCCAAACAAAGGGCUGUAUUUUAGUGAUGUGACAGCAGACCCCAGAAACUUUGCAAUGCAGUGUAUUGCAUUCGUAUGUAGCCUCUAAAGCAAGACCACCUUGGCAAACGGUGACAGCUAAACACUCAUUUAAAUAUCUGGGGUUAGUUUCAUUAAUAAUUAUUGCGUUUCCGAUACUGGAACUUUAACGAUACCAGUCGACCACGCCUACUCCAUUUUCCACGCCCCUGGAAACAAAUCCAGGCAUGACAAAGCCGUUGCUAAGGACGCCCCAAGAGGAAGAUGGCUGCUUCCAGUAAACAGCAAAGAAAUUCGAGAUACCACAUCGGAGAAGUGAAACAUCAACUCCGGGAUGGGUCAGUGGAGAAACGGCCUUUUCAAUGGCCAGGGGAGCAUGAUUCACUGCUCGGGUGUCAUUUAUGAAGGCAUGUGGACGAAUGGGCAGCCUGCUGCUGGGGCGAGUAAGAUUGUGAUUGAGGGAGGGGACGUGCUGGAGGUGUUCCGGGGCUCCCCUUUUACUGUUGAAGUCCAACUCCAAAACGACGAGGGAGAAAUAACUGCAGAUGAGAGUGGCCGUGUCCUGAAGGUCUCGGCUGGUGUCCGGUACACUGAACUUCCUCCCAGCUGCUCUUCCACCGCCUUCCUGAAGCUGAUUGAAGACAUGGAAGAAAAACCUUUUCCAACGCCAUUCAGCUUUGAGUGUAUUAGCUACCCUUUGAUGGAGAAGAUGCUUGAAAGAGACCACUCUAGAGGCUCAGACUCCCUUGCUGUGUCUAAAUCCGGAUUUGUGCUGACUGACUCCCCAAUCCCUGAGGGCGAAGUGGAGUCUGGAAGUGGAUCAGACACCAUGGGCGGCAGGGGGGUGCCUCCCAGCAACCUGGAUGGAAAACUGGAGUUCUCAGGGUCAGAGGAUGAUUGGCAACCCCCUCCAGCCAAUCAGAGAGUAGAAGCAGGCUGUGCUAAAUUCCAAAAUGUCAUGCUUGCCCCUCCUCCCACAAACUACCGGGCUUUUCUGGUGAUGGAUGAAUUGGAAAAGCAAAAAGCAGCUAAGAAGCCAGCUAGCAAAGCUUCUUCAGAGAAACUGACGUCAUCCCUGGACAGAAGUGCUGACAGCAGAUCCAACAUAGUGAGCCACGUGGGAGGUAAUUCAAAGACCAGCCUUGCAGACAGCGUGAACGUGAGAGCAGGUGAAUAUGUGAUUAUGGUCCAGGACGUGACCAGCCCCCCGUUCCUGAACCGCCCUCUAGCGCCAGCGUUUGUGCUUCUCAGAGUCAUUCCUCCGAAGAAUGACAAGAGCAGUAAGAGUGGAAGAAAGGAAAGCAAGUGAUCACACCAGUCAAGGCAGCUGCUUGGAAACUAAUGUGUGAGUGACUCAAUUCUAGCAGGGAUCACCAUGUGUGUGUUUUACACUACAUUUUCAUUCCAGAUAAUCUGAUUGAAGACCAAAGCAUGGAGAUAUUGGCAAUUCAAAAGGGUCUAUAAUGUUUAUUUUCCAAGAAAGCCUCAGUACCUUGUAUUGGUUUUUUUUUCUUGUUUUUUUUUUACUGUGUGUGAAACGUAUCAUAAAAUGUGCAGCCCCUUCUUGUUUGUGUCUCAUU